CCUCUCAACAUUCGCGGCAGUCUUCUUGUGAAUCUCGUGGUGUUUUGACGCUGAAAAACAUGUCUCUCCAUUUCAUCACCAUCUGCGUCAGCCUCUUCUUUGUGGCUCAACUCGAGGCGGCAACGUUUAUUGGGCUCCCCAACAAACAUCCAGACCAUCCCGACAAGUGCUGGGACGUCGAGCAGAAUAUCACCCUGUCUGUGGGUGAGAGUGUCACCGUGGGCGAAUGCAUCCGCAUCACCUGCAAUCGGGACUUCAGUCUGUCCGGUGCAUCAUGCUCUCCAAAAAUUGUGAAAAUCGACAAUUUCGAGUGCAAAGAUCUGCCAAUGGAUUUAUCCAAGGACUAUCCAGAUUGCUGUCCUAAAAUACAGUGUGUGGGCGAUGACGGAAGGCUGAUAGUGUUUUAAAAUCACACAAAGGAGAUUAUUGAGUGCCUGAAAAAUUCUCAGAAUACAAAAAAAAAACUAGAAAAAUUUCUAAGAAAUCUCAUGAAAAGAUCAAUUGUAACAUUACUUGGUAUUAUGUAUCCUAUUUUAUACUAAUACAAAAUGAAAUU